ACUGCUGCUGAGUAUUUACCUCCCUCCCACUCUCCCCCUCCCCACUCCCUAUAGCUCAUCUCAUCUCACCCCUUUAAAAAGCAGGAGGCUAGCUACUUGUAUUAUGCCCACCCUCCCCUACAACCUACACCCCAUGGAUACAAUACUAGCUAGUACUACAUACAUACACACUGAUAGGGAGAGGUCACAAGCAUCCAUGUUGAUGAUGCAUACUACACACACAUGCUUAGCUGCAAGCCUGCAACAAUUAACACUACAGUGGGUGAGAGAGUAUAUAGCUAAACUAGCUAGGCCAAUUCAAUUACCUUUGGUUGCAAGCCAAAAGUAAGUAUCCAUCUCCUUUCCCCUUUUCCCUUGCCCCACCAAUGCAAGAACCUUCAUAGUACUGCUACUACUGCUACCACUCUUCACAUCUCCUCCUAGCUAGUUUUAGCCAGCCACUCCUUCCUCCUCCUCUUCUUCUUCCUCUUCUUCUUCCUCCGAUCCCUACCAUGAUUUGAGUCAUCUCAAGGUCGCUAGUACACAAACCCCGCGUAUCCUCCUCCCUUCCGUCCCGCGGCCGGGGAAGUAGCAGCCACAAUAAUCCAAGAAACCAAGCAGAACCAAACCCUGCAAAUUCCCCCAAUUCUAAAUUAUUCCGAUCCUAAGCCAUCCGCGCGCUAAUAUAAAACAAUUCCCAAGCUAGGUCGUAUACUAACUAUAGUCGUAACAGCUGCACCGCCACUGCUCGCCAUCCAGCGGCAUGCCAUAAACAAAAAGUAUGCAGGGGGUCAAAGUUUGAAGUUUGAAGGGCAGCAGCAGCAGGAGCGAGGCAUCGUCGAUCGAUCGGCCGGCUGAUCUACCGUACCUACCUACCUUGGCGGACGGACGGACGGCUCGAUCUCGAUCGAUCGCCGGUCGUCGGAGAUCGAUGGAGUUCACGGCUCCCCCGACGGCGGCCCGGUCGGGCGGCGGCGAGGAGAGGGCGGCUGAGCACCAGCAGCAGCAGCAGCAGCAGCUGGCGGCGGUGGAGAAGGAGCACAUGUUCGACAAGGUGGUGACGCCGAGCGACGUCGGCAAGCUGAACCGGCUGGUGAUCCCGAAGCAGCACGCGGAGAAGUACUUCCCGCUGGACGCGGCGGCGAACGAGAAGGGCCUGCUGCUCAGCUUCGAGGACCGCACGGGGAAGCCCUGGCGCUUCCGCUACUCCUACUGGAACAGCAGCCAGAGCUACGUGAUGACCAAGGGCUGGAGCCGCUUCGUCAAGGAGAAGCGCCUCGACGCCGGGGACACCGUCUCCUUCGGCCGCGGCGUCGGCGACGCGGCGCGGGGCAGGCUCUUCAUCGACUGGCGGCGACGCCCCGACCCGCCCGUGCACCACCAGUACCACCACCGCCUACCGCUCCCCUCCGUCGUCCCCUACGCGCCGUGGCCGCACGCGCACCACCACCACUACCCAGCUGCUGCUGCCGCGGUCGGCGUCGGCGUCGGUGCCGGUGCCGGUGCCGCCAGGACGACGACGGUGCUCCACCUGCCGCCCUCGCCCUCCUCGCUCUACGACCCCCACCUCCGCCACGUCGGCUACGACGCCUACGGGGCCGGCACCAGGCAGCUGCUCUUCUACCGGCCGCUCCACCAUCAGCAGCCCUCCACGGCGGUAGUGCUGGACUCCGUGCCGGUACGGUUACCCACGACGCCAGGGCAGCACGCGGAGCCGCCGGCCCCCGUCGUGGCGUCAUCGGCCUCGAAGCGGGUGCGGCUGUUCGGGGUGAACCUCGACUGCGCCGGCUCCGAGGAGGAGAACGGCGGCGGCGGUGGGUGGAGGACCAGUGCGCCGCCGACGCCGCACGGCCUGCCGUCGCCGCCGUCCUCGUCGUCCUCCUCGUCCGGGAAAGCGAGGUGCUCCUUGAAUCUUGACUUGUGAAGGCAUGGCAGCCGGAGAGGUCGUCGUCGUCUCGUCGUCGUACUCGUACGAUCUACCUCUACAGCAGCAGCCCAGCUACUAGCCUACUACUACUUUCUUCCCGGCCGCCUUCUGGCGCCACAACGGCCGGCACCAAUGGUCGUCGUCGUCGUCGAGAGUGAGGGGGUAAAGAAUUCAAGAUCCAAUCAAGUAAACAAAAGCGGCGGCGGUGGUACGUGUCCGGGCGGUGCAAGUAAGGAUCGAUCGAGCUGGAGGAGCACUGCACCAACAAGUCUUCGCUCGUAACCCGUAUAUAGCUCAUCUCUCUCUCUCUCUCUCUCAAUUUCCUUUAGCAAAAUUUCAGUGUGAAGGGGGAAACAAGGAAAUUAAGAACAAAGCAGCAACAACAACAAAAUUAUUUCUCGAUGGUUAAUUUCUCGCCUCGAUUUGCUUUCUUGAUUUCCUCAUCUGCUAAUUUAGCUAUAUAUGAAGCUUAUUAA